AUGUGGGAUUUUGACCACUGCGACCCCCGACGGUGCUCAGGCAAGAAGCUCGCGCGUCAGGGUUUGAUCCAGACCCUUCGCGUCGGGCAGAAGUUCCGAGGAAUAGUCGUAUCUCCGAAGGGUACACAGCCUGUCAGCCCAGCGGACAAAGACAUUGUGGCGCAAAGCGGCCUUGCGGUGGUUGAGUGCUCAUGGGCACGCUUGGAGGAAGUCCCCUUCAACCGAAUAGCUAGUCCACAUGAACGACUCCCUGAUAAGGUCCUACUGUUCUGUAUGAGCAUCGGAAAAGUCCGUAUAGCGCUGCAGUCGAGCACUAAAACUCGCAUAGAUGGCGAUUUUGAGUACUCCUCUCAAGAAUCAAGUCAGAUCGGUUUCAAGAGUCGUUUCCGCUGGCUAGUCUCCCUGCGCAAACAUGUACUCACCUCACCUGUCCGAAUAGUACCCUACCUUGUUGCGACCAACCCCGUCAACUAUGGCAAGCCAUGGCGUCUGAACUGCGUCGAGGCACUAGCCGCGACAUUCUACAUCACAGGAUUCGACUCAUAUGCAGAAAGGCUCUUGAGCGGAUUCGGGUGGGGCCAUUCGUUCUGGGAGGUCAACCAACACCUGUUGGAGCAAUACAAGACUUGCGAAAGCGCGGAGGCGGUGAGCGCGAUGCAGGAGAAGAUUCUGGCGGACUUGGAGCAGAGCUACGACGAAUCGAGGCGCACGUCAGACGCGGUGGACGGAGAGGACCUGCUUGUGCCCAACCCGAAUCAUCAUUACGUCCCCGAAAGCUCCAGCGAAGAGGAAGAGCACGACGACCGUGGCGAUGGCGAGGAAAAAGAGGACGACGAAGAUGCACACUGA